UGUUAGCAGAAAUAUACGUAGGAAAGCACACGAUGGUCAGAGCAGAGAGACGUGUAGCUGGACAUGGAUCACCUGUUAGUGUUGCUGCUCCUGUGGAGCUCAGGACUUCAAACUGAAGGAAAACACAGUUCUCCAGAGUCUGAUGAUGUCAGGUUGGUGGGAGUAACCAGUCACUGUGCAGGAACUCUGGAGAUGAAACAUCUGGGAAAGUGGAGACCAGUGGAGGGGUAUCACUGGACCCUGAAAGAAGCAGCUGUUAUCUGUCAACUUCUGGACUGUGGCUCUGCUGUUUCUGUAGAUUGGAGAUACGAGUCCCCAUUAAGAUCUAUGUGGAUGAUGAACUCUGAAUGUAUUCAGUCUGAAUCUGAUCUGACGAAAUGUGUAACAUCAGAUUCAUCUUCUGCUAUCAUGAAUCUUACCUGCUCAGACUCUGUCAGGCUGCUGAAUGGUUCCAGUCUGUGUUCAGGCAGACUGGAGGUGAAGUCUAACCAGAGCUGGUCCUCAGUGUGUGAAGCUGACUUUGACCAGCAGGAUGCAGAGGUGGUCUGUAGGGAGCUCGGCUGUGGGCCUCCUUCGGACCUCCAGGGGGCGCUCUAUGGUGAAGUGGAGGCUCCAGUGUGGCGCAAAGAGUUCCAGUGUGGAGGCCAUGAGUCUGCUCUCCUGGACUGUAGAAGCUCAGGCUCAGCUCGAAACAGCUGCUCACCUGGCAAAGCUGUUGGACUCACCUGCUCAGAGCCUGAUGAUGUCAGGAUGGUGGGAGGAGCUAAUCCCUGUGCAGGUACACUGGAGCUGAAACAUCUGGGAGAGUGGAGACUCAUGUAUGGCUUUGACGUCACACUGAAAGAUGCAGCUCCUAUCUGUGAACAUCUGGAGUGUGGAUCUGCUGUUUCUGCAGAAGGAAGCACUUCAUUCAGACUAGGGUGGAAGAUCAGACCUGACUGUGUUCACUCCAGAUCUGCUCUGAGGGAGUGUGCAACAUCAGGUUACUAUGAACCCAUCCUGAAUCUUACUUGCUCAGACUCUGUCAGGCUGCUGAAUGGUUCCAGUCUGUGUUCAGGCAGACUGGAGGUGAAGUCUAACCAGAGCUGGUCCUCAGUGUGUGAAGCUGACUUUGACCAGCAGGAUGCAGAGGUGGUCUGUAGGGAGCUCGGCUGUGGGCCUCCUUCGGUCCUCCAGGGGGCGCUCUAUGGAGAAGUGGAGGCUCCAGUGUGGAGCAAAGAGUUCCAGUGUGGAGGCCAUGAGUCUGCUCUCCUGGACUGUAGAAGCUCAGGCUCAGCUCGAAACAGCUGCUCACCUGGCAAAGCUGUUGGACUCACCUGCUCAGAGCCUGUCAGGUUGGUGGGAGGAGCCAAUCGCUGUGGGGGCCUGAUGGAGCUGAAACAUCUGGGAGAGUGGAGACCAAUGGAACACUUCCACUGGACCCUGAAAGAUGCAGCUGUUGUCUGUGAACAUUUGGACUGUGGUUCUGCUGUUUCUGUAAAAGUGGAACGCAAGCGUUCGUCGAGGCCGUCAUGGAGGAUCAGACGCGACUGUGUUCCAUCUACAUCUGGUCUAAGAGAGUGUGCAACACCAAGCUCCACUACUUUCAUCUUGAAGCUCACCUGCUCAGACUCUGUCAGGCUGCUGAAUGGUUCCAGUCUGUGUUCAGGCAGACUGGAGGUGAAGUCUAACCAGAGCUGGUCCUCAGUGUGUGAAGCUGACUUUGACCAGCAGGAUGCAGAGGUGGUCUGUAGGGAGCUUGGCUGUGGGCCUCCUUCGGUCCUCCAGGGGGCGCUCUAUGGAGACGUGGAGGCUCCAGUGUGGAGCAAAGAGUUCCAAUGUGGAGGCCAUGAGUCUGCUCUCCUGGACUGUAGAAGCUCAGGCUCAGCUAGAAACAGCUGCUCACCUGGCAAAGCUGUUGGACUCACCUGCUCAGAGUCUGAUGAUGUCAGGUUGGUGGGCGGAGCCAGUCACUGUGCAGGAACACUGGAGCUGAAACAUCUGGGAGAGUGGAGAGUAGUGGAUGGUUAUGCUUGGACCCUGAAACAUGCAGCUAUUGUCUGCCAACUGCUGGACUGUGGCUCUGCUGUUUCUGUAGAAUGGAGAAUUGAGACCCCAAACAAAUCUGUGUGGGAAAUGGAAAUUGAAUGUAUUCAGUCUGGAUCUGCUGUGAGAGACUGUGUAACAUCAGAUUCAUCUCCUGUCAUCACCAAUGUCACCUGUGCAGACUCUGUCAGGCUGCUGAAUGGUUCCAGUCUGUGUUCAGGCAGACUGGAGGUGAAGUCUAACCAGAGCUGGUCCUCAGUGUGUGAAGCUGACUUUGACCAGCAGGAUGCAGAGGUGGUCUGUAGGGAGCUCGGCUGUGGGCCUCCUUCGGUCCUCCAGGGGGCGCUCUAUGGAGAAGUGGAGGCUCCAGUGUGGAGCAAAGAGUUCCAGUGUGGAGGCCAUGAGUCUGCUCUCCUGGACUGUAGAAGCUCAGGCUCAGCUAGAAACAGCUGCUCACUUGGCAAAGCUGUUGGACUCACCUGCUCAGAGCCUGAUGAUGUCAGGAUGGUGGGAGGAGCUAAUCCCUGUGCAGGUAUACUGGAGCUGAAACAUCUGGGAGAGUGGAGACCGAUGUAUGAGUUUGGCUGGACACUGAAAGAUGCAGCUCCUAUUUGUGAACAUCUGGACUGUGGUUCUGCUGUUUCUUUACAACAAACCAAGUCAUCAUUAAAAUUUGGGUGGAGGAUCAAACCUGACUGUGUUAAGUCCAGAUCUACUCUGAGAGAGUGCACAACAUCAGGUUACUACAACCCCAUCAUGAAUCUUACUUGCUCAGACUCUGUCAGGCUCCUGAAUGGUUCCAGUCUGUGUUCAGGCAGACUGGAGGUGAAGUCUAACCAGAGCUGGUCCUCAGUGUGUGAAGCUGACUUUGACCAGCAGGAUGCAGAGGUGGUCUGUAGGCAGCUCGGCUGUGGGCCUCCUUCGGUCCUCCAGGGGGCGCUCUAUGGAGAAGUGGAGGCUCCAGUGUGGAGCAAAGAGUUCCAGUGUGGAGGCCAUGAGUCUGCUCUCCUGGACUGUAGAAGCUCAGGCUCAGCUAGAAACAGCUGCUCACCUGGCAAAGCUGUUGGACUCACCUGCUCAGAGUCUGAUGAUGUCAGGUUGGUGGGAGGAACCAAUUACUGUGAGGGCAUGAUGGAGCUGAGACAUCUGGGAGAGUGGAGAACAGUGAGUGCCUUUAGCUGGACCCUGAAAGAUGCAGCUGUUGUGUGUAAACAUCUGGACUGUGGCUCUGCUGUUUCUGUUAACUCAAGACAUGAGUCUUUAAAUAGACCUGCGUGGUGGAUCAUAUAUGAUUGUGUUCACGUCAGAUCUGCACUGAAGGACUGUACAGCAUCAAGUUCCCAUGUCUUCAUCCUGAACAUCACUUGCUCAGAGUCUGUCAGGUUGGGGGGAGCCAGUCGCUGUGUAGGAACAGUGGAGCUGAAGCAUCAAGGAGAAUGGAGACCAGCAAUUGACUAUGACCUCAGGAAAGCAGCUGUUCUCUGUAAACAUCUGGACUGUGGAUCUGCUGUUUCUGCUGUAAUCAGACCGAAGUCCUCACCUGCAGAUGUGCUGGAGAUCAGCUCUGACUGUUUUCAGUCUGGAUCUACUCGAAGCGAGUGUGCAGCACCAAAUGCCUCCAACUACACCCUGGAUCUAAUUUGCUCAGACCUGCUAGUUCAGCCCAUCAUCCAUGCGUCCUCCAUGGAUGGGGUCUCUGAGUCCCAGGAGCAGGGGCUUACAGUAUCCAGGCACUCCAACUUCACCAUCAGGUGCUCCAUCCAGCCACAGUACCCAGGAGGCUCCUUCCAGCUCACCUUCAACUCCACCAACACCACAUACAGCUAUACCCAGCCAGCUGUCAAUCACUCUGCCCACUUCCUGUUUCCUGCUGCAGAGCCCGCCCACCAAGGAAACUACAGCUGUGUUUAUCACGUCUACGUUUUCUCUCAUAACUUCACCGCUGAGAGCCGCCAGCUGUCUGUCACUGUGUCAGAGUUUGUCAGCUUGGUAGGAGGACCCAGUCGCUGUGCAGGAACACUGGAAUUGAAACAUUUGGGUGUGUGGAGACCAAUGGAUGGCUCUGACUGGACCAUAAAGGCAGCAUCUGUUAUCUGUGAACAUCUGGACUGUGGCUCUGCUGUUUCAGUAGAAUGGCGAGAGGAUUCCACAGAGAAAUCUGUGUGGAAGAUCCAAAACGACUGCAUUGAGUCUGGAUCAGCUAUAAAAGAAUGCUUACAACUUUGGUUGUCUUCCUUCUCUCUGUAUCUCACGUGCUCAGACUCUGUCAGGCUGCUGAAUGGUUCCAGUCUGUGUUCAGGCAGACUGGAGGUGAAGUCUAACCAGAGAUGGUCCUCAGUGUGUGAAGCUGACUUUGACCAGCAGGAUGCAGAGGUGGUCUGUAGGGAGCUCGGCUGUGGGCCUCCUUCGGUCCUCCAGGCGGCGCUCUAUGGAGAAGUGGAGGCUCCAGUGUGGAGCAAAGCGUUCCAGUGUGGAGGCCAUGAGUCUGCUCUCCUGGACUGUAGAAGCUCAGGCUCAGCUCGAAACAGCUGCUCACCUGGCAAAGCUGUUGGACUCACCUGCUCAGAGUCUGAUGAUGUCAGGUUGGUGGGAGGAGCCAGUCGCUGUGCAGGAUCACUGGAGCUGAAACUGGGAGAGUGGAGACCAGUGGAAGCUUCUGAGUGGAUCCUGGGCAAAGCAGCCGUAAUCUGUGAACACCUGCACUGUGGUUCUCUUGAUUAUGUGGAGGCUAGAAAUGAGUCCUUGCUCAGAUCUGUUUGGAGACUCAAACCUGACUGUGUUCAAUCUGGAUCUGCUCUGAGGGAGUGUGCAACAUCAGAAUACUCUUUAAUGAUUAUGAAUUUCACCUGCUCAGACCUGCUAAUUCAGCCAAACAUCCAUGCGUUCUCCAUGGAUGGGGUCUCUGAGGCCCAGCAGCAGGGGCUUCAGGUGUCCAGCCGCUCCAACUUCACUAUCAGCUGCUCCAUCCAGCCACAGUACCCAGGAGGCUCCUUCCAGCUCACCUUCACCUCCUCAAACACCACAUACAGCUACACCCAGCCAGCUGUCAAUCACUCUGCCCACUUCCUGUUUCCUGCUGCAGAGCCCGUCCACCAAGGAAACUACAGCUGUGUUUAUCACAUCUACGUUUUCUCUCAUAACUUCUCCUCUGAGAGUCGCCUGCUGUCUGUUGCUAUUUCAGAUUCAGCAGAUUCACCAGCUCCAACAGCUUCAACAGUUCAUACCAUCACAGGAGUCGUCCUGCUGCUGAUUCUCCUGAUUGUGAUCACUGCCCUUUAUUUCUCCUGGAAGGCCAGCAGGGAGCUGAAGCUGAGAAGAAAGGAGAACACUGAUGUGGUUUACUACAACUACAGUGAUCACGGAGCAGAGGGAGGAUCAGCUGAAGAUGAAAGUCACCGCCUCAAAGGAGCUCAUCUCAAAUCCAAAUGAAUUUCUGAAAAAUAAGUAUCAUAACAGUUAACACAACAGUUUUCAAUUGAUUAUAAACCUGUGUACUCACUCCACUGAUGUAGCGCUUCAUUUUAAACUAGAGGGGAAAGCACAAUGUCAUCCAACAAACAUAUCAGGCAAUCAGGACGUCAGGCUCAUUUUUAAUUUCAACAACACUCUAAUUUCAUGCUGUAUAUUAAAUUAAGUCAUUGUUUAUUCUUUAAAUCUGAUAUUGUUAUACCAUGUGCCACUGGAUUACAUCUGGUAACAUGCAACAACAAUUUAAUGUUACAUCCUUGGCCUGGGUUCACCUGAACAUAACUCCCCACUCAAACCACGCCAAAAGGCCGACAACACAGUAACUGAAAAUGCUAAGUAGCAGUUUAUUAGCUUCAGUGCUGAGCGAUGCCAAAACAACAAACAAGGUCUCUAAUGUUCCCUAACUGAAAAUUUUAAAAAACAAAAGACAGAUAUCUAACCUUAUCUCCCAACUAACAGACAAGAGAAAAAAACAUCUAAACAAAAAAGGCUUCUCACUCCUACUGCAGUGCUCAACAUGUACAGUGCAUGAAUAUUCACAAUUGUGUUUUUACAAACUGUUUACAAAAAACUAGUGAUUUGAAGUCAUUGGAAGCUGAAGCAUCGGCGCAUGUGUCAGAACAGCCACAAACAACAAGACAGUGCUUCAGAAGCACUGUGCCAACAUUUGAUUCGUCUGGCCGGUCACGUGAUCUACACUAACUGUGUUUUACUUUCACUUUUUGGGUGAGAGAAUUUAUGGUUGGUGGUUUUCGUCAUCUUAGGAAGACAAUGCUCACUUCAGACAGUUUGCAGGUGUCUCAGACCCAACCUACACAAUCCCAAUUUGGAAAGCUGAGAAGGAAAUGGUGGAGGAAAAGUUUAUGGAGGAAAAAGAGAAAGGUCACAAACUGAGUUUUCUGCUAAUGGUGUGGUGGUUGACACAUUUGCACAGCAA